GGGCCUUGUCUCGGCCUGCGUCGUGCGCUCGUGGUGGUAGAUAGAGCGGCGAUAUGACACCCCGCAUGCGGUGGCACGCGCGCAUCUGGCAAAUCUCGCGCCAACACGCAGAUCGCGUCACGUGUGCCACCGCCGCUCCGCCGUGGCGGUGCGGGCGCGAUUGGCUUGCCCGGCUGCUCUUGCUCCAUCUCCGUUCGACACAUGCGCAUGCGCUCCAUGGCAGUUCGUAGGGCCGUUGCGCUGCACUGGAACACUUUCACACUGGGCGACCGAACUCAGCAGUCAGCGCACAGCGCCGCCGACGCCCCCUCGGCUCUUGUACGUAACCCGCAAUGGCGAGGCCCUCACGCCAAACCCUGGCCCCGCCGUCCGCGACCUCCCGCCGCCGCCUGUACGGACACUCGAAGCCGCCUCCUCCCCCGGCCUCGGCGUUCCGGAGAGCCGCGGCGGCGCUCCUCCUCGCCGCGGCCGUGGCGCUGCCCUGCGCCGUGCUGUACCGAGCCGUCGUGUCGAAUGCGCCUCCGCUGGUGCAGGUCGUGUGGGAUCGCUGGCCCUCGAGGGAGUGGGGCCCGCCACGAGCUCCGGUUGUGGUCCCCGAGCCCGAGGAGGACCGCGACCUCGACCCCAUUUCCGCCGACGAUCUGGACAGUGAAUAUCUCAAACUUGAGCAAGUUCUACAAGCGGCUUCUAUGGACAAUAAGACCAUUAUAUUGACGACGCUUAAUGCUGCAUGGUCUUCUCCAGGCUCAGUUAUAGAUCUUUACAUUGAUAGCUUCCGGCAUGGUGUUAGAACUAGUUCACUACUGAAACACCUUGUGAUAAUAGCCUUCGACAGGAAAGCAUAUAGGCGAUGUACUGAGAUCCAUACCUACUGUUAUGCUCUUGUAACCGGUAAUGUGGACUUUUCUCAAGAGAAGAGGUUUCUGACUGCUGGGUAUCUGGAAAUGAUGUGGACAAGGCUGGAUUUCUUGCGCCUAGUUCUUGAAAAAGGUUACAGCUUCAUUUUCUCGGAUGCAGAUAUAAUGUGGUUUCGCAAUCCAUUUCCAUACUUUUACCCGGAUGGAGAUCUUCAGGUUGCAUGUGAUCACUAUGUAGGCAAUGCAACUGACUUGAGAAACAUAGCUAAUGGGGGGUUCAACUAUGUGAAGUCGAACAAUCAAAGCAUAGAGUUUUACAAGUUUUGGUAUUCUUCACGACUGAGAUACCCUGGUUAUCAUGACCAGGAUGUACUUAAUUUUAUUAAGCAUGAUCCUUACAUUAUGGAUAUUGGAUUAACCAUUAAGUUUUUAAGUACUACAUACUUUGGUGGUAUUUGUGAGCCAAGCAAAGAUUUAAAUGAGGUUUGCACAAUGCAUGCUAACUGUUGCAUUGGAUUGCAAAGCAAACUUCAUGAUUUAAGAAUCAUCAUGGAAGAUUGGAGGGAUUAUAUGUCUAUGCCACCAAGCUUAAAAACACCUGGGGCAUUCUCAUGGAGGGUACCACAAAAUUGCAGUCUUUCAUUGUUAAACCAGUGAGACAUGUUUUUGGAUGCAAAUGGUGUGGUAUAGUCAAACAUGUCAAUUUCUGAGAAUUUUGUUGGCAGCUGGAAAGAACAAUGUACUUGAAAGGAAAAACCAGUGCAUGAGGAACUCCACCUUUUGUUUGAGAAAGACCCGGCUUAGCAGAUUAUAUCUUGAGGACUCUGCCAGUUGAUGCCUUCAUCAGUGUUAUGCAUCCUCUACUUUGGAAAAUAACCAACACGAAGGGAACAUUCCAAGUUCAAGGGUUGAAGGCAUCGGCACAGCAAAAGAUGAACUGGCUAUGACUUCCCAGUGUAUCAUCCAUGACCAUGCAGAAUGACUGAAUGAGGGGUGGAAUGGUAUUUUCAGUGUUUAUAGGAUUCCUGUUGUUUCUAAUGCAUUGAGGCUCACUUGAUUCAUUUGGUAAAGUGAAUGAAAAACACGAGAAUAUAAAUUUCCCUUUGAUGGCACUAUUCAUUCUUUUGAUUGAUUCAAAGGAAUGGAGUAAAGAAAUGUAAAUGAAACUACCACUAUCAUCUGAUCUCAGAUUCAAGUGAAACAACGCAGAAUUUCCAGAAAGUGAAACGACGAAGGAUUUCCAGAAAUGACGUAAAUGGCAUUCUGUUUUCCCAUUGACAUUGCUUUGACUUUUAUUUCCCUGUGCUUAUUCGAGUCAUGUGUUUUUUUUUUGUGAAUCAUGUAUAAAACUUAUGUGCUUUCCUAGGCUCUGGUUUGUACAUGUGUUCC